AUGAUGAUUCCUUCUCAUUGUCUCAUAUUCUCUCUCAUUUUUGUUUCUAUUUUAGGCAAUGAAGCAACCUUGCUCCAUGAAGCAAAUGGGUCAUUUCCAAUGGUGCCUGUGAUGGAAGAUGGGAAGAUGGAAAAGAUGAUGAUGAUGAUGAAUGAUAGCAGAAGGAAACUUGGAAGUUUCAGGAUAUGUGCCCUUUGUACAUGCUGUGGUGGAGCAAAAGGGGUUUGCAUACCUUCUCCUUGUUGCUAUGCCAUCAAUUGCAACAUUCCCAAUAAGCCUUUUGGUUUCUGUUCAUUUGCUCCUAAGUACUGUAAUUGCUUUGGAUGCCAUCUUUAA